AUGGCGGGCCACGUUGGUGGGAGCGAAGGGGGAAGUAAUAGCAUGGAUAAAAGCAUUACUCUACCACCGGACGAAAUCUUUCGGAAUUUAGAAAAUGCAAAGAGAUUCGCUAUUGAUAUAGGUGGUUCAUUGACAAAGCUCGCGUAUUAUUCUACUGUGCAGCACAAAGUGGCCAAAGUGAGGUCAUUUGAUCAUUCGGUCAAGGAAGCAGAGGGGGAUCCGCUGUAUGAAAUUUCUGUGCAAGAGGAGAUCACCGCUCGACUCCACUUCAUCAAGUUUGAGAAUGCGUACAUCGAAACCUGCCUGGACUUCAUUAAAGACCACCUGGUUAACACUGACACCAAAGUCAUCAAAGCCACAGGCGGAGGGGCGUACAAGUUCAAGGACCUGAUCGAGAAGAAGCUCAAACUCAAAGUUGACAAAGAGGAUGAAAUGACAUGCCUGAUCAAAGGCUGUAACUUUGUCCUGAAGAACAUCCCCCAUGAGGCUUUUGUCUAUGCCAAACAUGCGGACCCAGAGUUCCGCUUCCAGAACACACACCCCGACAUCUUCCCUUACCUGCUUAUCAACAUUGGCUCAGGGGUGUCCAUUGUUAAGGUUGAAUCGGAAGACAAAUUUGAGCGCAUAGGAGGAAGUUCCAUCGGUGGGGGGACUUUCUGGGGACUUGGGGCUUUGCUCACCAAAACAAAGAGGUUUGACGAGCUCCUUCAGCUGGCGUCCAGAGGGCAGCACUCCAAUGUGGACAUGCUGGUCAAGGAUAUCUAUGGGGGGGCCUACGAGUCCUUGGGCUUAACUGGUGACCUCAUCGCCAGCAGCUUUGGGAAAUCAGCCACUGCAGACAAACAGUUCUCCAAAGCAGACAUGGCCAAGAGCCUGCUGCACAUGAUCAGCAAUGACAUCGGCCAGUUGGCCUGCCUGUACGCACGGCUGCACAACCUCAGCAGGGUCUACUUUGGGGGCUUCUUCAUCCGCGGUCACCCCGUCACCAUGCACACCAUCACCUACAGCAUCAACUUCUUCACCAAGGGAGAGGUCCAAGCGCUCUUCCUCAGACAUGAGGGCUAUCUGGGAACCAUUGGAGCUUUCCUCAAAGGAGCAGAGGAGGACAACCCUAACCAGUACAGCUGGGGAGAGAACUACGCGGGGAGUUCCGGACUCAUGAGUGUGUCUCCAGACAUCAACCCCAUGCAGCGCGCCCGCAGUGGAACCUUUGACAUGCUGGAAAUGGACCGGCUGGACAGGCAGCUGGUCAACCUGCCGCUGCUGCAGGACCCAUCCUCUUACAUCCCCGACACGAUGGACCUCACCGAGGACUCCCACGCCAGAGAGUACUGGCUCUACUGCUUCGAGGAGGCCCUGGAUGGGGUGGUGAAGCGCGCCGUGGCGAGCCAGCCAGACCUCCCGGAGGCGGCGGAGCAAGCCGAGAAGUUCCGGCAGAAAUACCGGCACAAGCUGCAGACGCUUCGCCAGCAGCCUUUUGCUUAUGGAUCCCUCACUGUCCGAAGUCUGUUAGACACAAGGGAGCACUGCUUAAAUGAGUUCAACUUUCCCGACCCCUACUCAAAGAUUAAGCAGCGCGAGAAUGACAUGGCGCUGAAGUACUACCAGAAGGUGGUGCGGGCCCUGGAGGACCUGAGCUGGGAGCAGAGGCAGUUUGCCUUGGUCCGUGGCCUGCUGGCGGGCAACGUGUUUGACUGGGGAGCCAAAGCCGUCUCUGAUGUUCUAGAGACAGACCCAGGGUUUGGUUUUGAACAGGCAAAGCAACAGUUGCAAGAAAGACCAUGGCUUGUGGAUGCCUAUAACCAGUGGAUUGAGAGGUUGAAGGGCGAGCCUCAUAAAUGUGCAUUGUUUUUCGUAGAUAAUAGUGGGAUAGACAUCAUAUUGGGAGUUUUCCCAUUUGUUAGAGAACUCCUCCUCCGUGGCACACAGGUUGUGUUCGCCAGUAAUUCUGGUCCAGCUCUGAAUGACGUGACUAACAACGAGCUGCAGAUUUUGACGGAGCGCAUCGCUGGCAUGGACCCGGUUAUCCAGUCUGCUAUCAAGGAUGACCGGCUAACUCUGGUUCAGAGUGGUUCCAGCUCCCCUUGCCUCGACUUGAGCCGCCUAGACAAAGUCCUGGCCACUGUGGUGCGGGAGCGGCGGACCGACCUGGUCAUCAUCGAGGGCAUGGGCCGCGCCAUCCACACCAACUACUACGCGGCGCUGAGCUGCGAGAGCCUCAAGCUGGCCGUCAUCAAGAACUCCUGGCUGGCCGAGCGCCUGGGCGGCAAGAUCUUCAGCGUGGUCUUCAAGUACGAGGUGCCGCCCAAGACGCAGCAGGGGCAGCACUAGCCCGGGGGGGCCAAGUCCAGGGCUCCACCACAGGCCACUGCAGAAAAAGCUUCAUCAUCACUGGAGGGCUGGAGGAGAGAUGGAGGCCGCAGUACUCUGGAGCCAGGAAGUCAGGAAGUGUGUAUCAGUGUUUGUGUUGUGUGGAGGAAGAGGCAGUGGGGGGUGGGGUCAGGGCUCGGGGAAAGCCCACGGAUAGAGGAGGAAUUACACUCGCCUUGUCAGUCAAAGAAAUGAAUCCGCCCUGACGCAGUGUUGCUUAGCGACAGACUAAUAACCCUGACCUCUUGAAAUUGAAUGUGUUGUUGAAACGAAACAAAACAAAACAGAAAUCUGAAGUACAAAAUCAAUAUUAGAAGUUAAUCAGCCAACUAUAGCAACAGAAGUGAUCACAUUUGAUUUUAGCUUUUUUUCCCCACAGUGAUAAUGAUGUGCCCAUGAGAGAGGGUAAAAGAAUGAAAUGAUUCUAUCUGUAACUGGACUGGAGAAGUACUGUAGGGCAAUGGGAGGGGGGUGUUCAAUAUGCUCAGUGCCACCUGGGUCUCCAGGGAACAAAUCACCCCACAUACGCACUUCUGUUUCAUCAGUAUUCCUCCUAUUCCUUGAGCAUCUUUUCUGGGGAUUAGAGUAAAAAUAGGUGUUAUGAUUUUGUGUGUGUGUGCGCGUGUGUGUGUAUGUGUGCGCGCGUGUGUGUGUGUGGGAUGUCGUAAUGUCGCUAGUGGUUUUUGAAGAUCACCAUUUUGCAGCACAGACACUCAGUUGCCAUUUUGUUAGGGACACUGAGGUAAAACGAAUGCAAUCCAACACACCUGCAAUAAAUCAGAGCUGAAACUCAUUUAGAGAGCUGUAGAUUCAACUGUACGCUUAUUUCAGAGGCUGAAGGUGGUAGGACUUGAAUUGAACAUGUUUCUGCUAUUUUAAUCUCAUUUAAAUCAGUAUGGCUAAACAUAAAGGCCUUUGUGUUUAAUUCAAUGCAGUUCUAUAGCACUGCAAGCUAAAGGUACAUCCUCCAAAAUGAUCAUACAGUAGAAUUGCCAGCUCUCUCAAACUGUUACCACAUAAACUGAACAGUGUGACAAUCAUGAACAGAGAUUUAUUGCAAGAUUGUUCUUUUUUGACUAUAUUGACUUUUGCGAGGUAUACUUAAUAGACUUUGCAACUGAGUGUAGUCUAGACAGACUGACAAACAAAGCCCUGCAAACAACUCUUAAGUCACCGCAGGACAUUUAACUCACUGGCGCUUUGCAUCUCUGUACGUCUGCCUCCUUUUGUUGAUAUAGCAGUGUGUGUUCACGAACACCUGCGUUGGGGUCCUGACAUCAUUAUCUCCCUAUGAGAACAGAUGAUGAUCUGGAUCUUUUUUUUUUUUUUUUUUUUAAAAAGCAUCCUAGACCUUGUGUCAGCACAUUGAUCAUAUUCUCUCGUGGUAAACUGGUUAUCGUGUGUAUGUAAGUAUCUGUGCCUUGAAGUUUAAUUUUGGCCCCACUGGGGGAUCUAAAAAAUAUAUGAUGAUUCAGGAGUUGGAAUCUCCUAUUACUAUUGCAAAAUCCAAAGUAGUGAUUUUCCACAAACUCACCUCCGUCUGAUGGACAUGAUCAUUCAGUUGUCUUAAGGGGGAGAAAUUCCAGACCGAUGGCGUUCUUGUUUUCCUUAUCAAAAGUGAUUGAGUGUGGGCUCUGGAUGUCACUUGUCAAAGCUACCACUAGGUGUCAGUCUGCGCAUGUAGAUCAUACUCAACAUGAAACGUUGACUUCUUAGGAGUCUCGUGUUUGAGGAAGUCGUCUCAGCCAGUGGACGGUGCUGUCACAAUGCACCGGAUGUUUUGUUGUGUGAAACUGUAUGUGGUUAUCAUCUUCAUCAAUUGACUUCAGGGUUGGACAGUCAAUAUUCAUACUUUACUGUACCUGUAUUAUAACACUGUCCUCAGAAAGACAGAAUGUAUUAGUUGUGUGUGUGUGUGUGUGUGUGUGUGUGUCUGUGUCUGUGUGUCAUGAGUAGCUGUUAUUGCUCGCUCUCGCUCUCUCUCUCUCUCUCUCUCUUUUGCACCCUUGUGCUCUCUCUCUCUCGCACUCUCUCUCUCUCUCUCUCUCUCUCUCGUGCUCUCUCUCACUCACUCUCGCGCUGUCUCUGUUGGUCGGUCUGCCUGUCUGUCUGUGGAUGUGGAUUUGGUUGUGGAUUUGGUUGGUCCACACGUUCAGGGCUAACAAAAAAAGAGCACCUUUACGCGCUCAUGUGUUGGGUAGAGUGAGCAUGCACGAGCGUCUGUAUCUGCAUGCGUGUCAACACAUUUGUGUAUGUGAGAGCAAGCAAAGUGUUCCAAUACAGGUUGUGUCUGGCCUUUUUUUUUUUGCAUAAUCAACUCAGCUCUGAGUACCUUCUGCCAAGUCCCUUAAAGGUACUUAUGACGCUGGCAAAUGUGUGUCUAGACAAGAACAUGUUCUCAACCAACCAUGUUUUAUUUUUGUUUCAUUUUUUGGGGGGAAGACUGUUUUCCUGCUCUGAUUGUGUUAAGUCUGAAAACUGUGUCAGACCAAAGCUGCUGGUUUUAUGUCCUUGUCUGUUGUGUGUCCAAAGCUUUAUCUGCGCUGUCCAUAAGACUCUUGUGAAAUUCUUUUGUAUGAUCAUAAUGUAAAUACACUGUAAGUGUGUAAAUAUAAGCAGUCCCGUCUGCAUAUCUUGGCCUUUCGUCGAGGUGCACAGUAUUUUAGCAAAAUUGUUAUCUUGACAAUCACAUGUAAUUACAUUCUUAAAUAUAUUUUCAGAAGUGUUCACCAGUGUUGGCUGCUCUGUUGUUCUUUUUUUAUUCUCUCACCUUAUCCUGAAUAAACUCAAAGACUGUGGAACAAAAACACUCAUGGCUCUGAUGGGAAUGUGUGAGCUCCAAUGUUAUAACAGGACUGUAUGAGGAGGUCAAUAGGAGGAACUCUGUUCAGUCAAAUCGGUAGGAAUUUACAUGCGAUUCCUGAAAACAUGGAGCAUUGUGUGUUGCUUAGCAUUGUGCUGUCAACGCCUUGGCUUGAGACCAGCCGAAGUUGCCACCGCUUCUUUGCCAGUGUGUUGUCUUUCCCAGAUGGCGGGGGAGAGGCUGUGUCA